GAUUGGUGGAAUCAGAUAUCACACGCCGGGGACCAUGGGCAUCGAUCAGGUAAUAAUCGCGGAAGCAAGCAAGGGACUCUAGGCUCUUGUUUUUUCGAGUGCGUGCUAGAAGCGGAGGACGGGAGGAGGGUUACUCGAGGAACGUCGAGCGGCAGCAUCUGCAGCGCCGCCUAUGCCAAUUGGAUCCGCUGGCGCCGGCCGUCUUGUGAGUUCAUGGCAGAUAGGAUUUCCGGUUUGCAAGUGAUAGUGUUGCUUUGAAAAAUUAAUAAAGCUGGAUUUCGUUGUGAUAUUAGCAUCGAUAUGGCUGAUCAUAAACGAGAGGCAAGUUUCAAGAACGAAGAUCUGGUUACGAAGAGGUCCAAAAUUACUGAUAUCAACAUAGGUUUAGAAAGUAAAAAUAAUAAUGGAGACUGUACAAAAGUGUGGAAUCAGUCAGUUUCAGAUGAAAUGAAUGGCAAGAAAGGAAACAAUUCUGAUGAGAAGCUCUUUGGGAAAGCUGACAACAAUAGUCAAGUAUCUGUAACCCGUAAUUCAUCAGAGGAUGCAUCUUCACAUAAUUCUGUAGACUCAAAACAGCAUAUGCUUAGGGUAACAUGUAUUGAAGCUGAUGCAGCUGAGGAUAAAGGUUCAAGACACACUAUGGAGGAUGCAUGGGUGGUCCUUUUAGAUGCAAGCUUGGAAACUCCUGGAAAACUUAGAUGUGCUCAUUUUUCAAUUUAUGAUGGACAUGGUGGUCGCAUGGCUGCUGAAUAUGCACAGAAGCAUCUACAUCCAAAUGUUCUUGCAGCAGGGUUACCACAUGGGAAUUUUUUUUCAAGCUUGCACAAUGCUGAUCACUCUAAGGGGACUUGGAGAUUUCUAAUAUAUAUUAUGGAUAUCAAGGUGGCUAAGAAGGCUAUCAUCGAAGGUUUUCGUAAGACUGAUGAAUCAUUAUUUCAAGAAAGUGCUAAAGGAAAUUGGCAAGAUGGGGCCACUGCUGUAUGUGUGUGGAUCUUAGGGGAAAUGGUAUUAAUUGCUAAUAUUGGGGAUGCUAAAGCUGUAUUAGCACGUUCAGUUGGUGAAGAGAAUUCACAAGCUCUAUCAGACAAAACACGAUCUCAACUGAAGGCCAUUGUUGUGACAAGGGAACAUAAAGCAAUCUAUCCACAAGAACGUGCACGUAUCCAGAAGGCUGGAGGUUCUGUGAGUUCUAAUGGACGAUUGCAAGGACGACUUGAGGUUUCUAGAGCAUUUGGAGAUCGACAGUUCAAGAAGGUUGGAGUUAUUGCGAUCCCUGAUGUCCAUUCUUUUGAGCUUACGGAACGUGAGCACUUCAUGAUUCUUGGUUGUGAUGGCUUGUGGGGGGUUUUUGGGCCCAGUGAUGCUGUAGAUUUUGUCCAGAAACAGUUACAGGAAACAGGAUCAGCUACCACCGCAGCCCGUCGUCUCGUUAGGGAAGCUGUCCGCGAAAGACAAUGCAAGGAUAACUGCACGGCUUUAGUUAUCUUAUUCAAGCAUGUUGGUGGCUUAUGAAUGUAUCUAGUUCUAUUGGCACAUUCUAUCAAAAUCUAGAGAGCCAAAAACUCGUGUCAAGCACCUAUUUUUCUUAAGAGUCAGCUGAAAUGGGAAAGUAUGGAUGAACUUCUUGGCAUUC